GGAAAACUGAUGCAAGGAAAUAGUAUACGUCACAAGGCAGAACGCUUCAGCUAAAAGUUACCCUAUUCAAGCUCAAGCAUGGAUUCUUUGCUGAAGACCCCAAUGAAACUUGUGGUUUUAGUGGCAUGGCUUUCCAGUGUACUGGAUCCAGGAAAAUUUUCUGACAUCUGCGAAAGAUGUCAUGAAAAUGCCACAUGCAGACCUCAAAAUGGAUCAACUGGCUGUUUCUGCAACAAUGGAUAUACUGGUGAUGGUGUACGUGCUUGCGCAGAUGACGAUGAAUGCGUAAAUGUCACACAAAUCUGUGGCAAAUAUGCUAACUGUACGAACACUCAAGGCAGUUACUUCUGCACGUGUCAAUCAGGAUUCCGAUCGACUGGGCAUGCAGAGUUUCAAACCAACGAUGGUACCCACUGCGCUGACAUUGAUGAAUGUAAGGAUGUUCAGACCUGUGGACCGUUUUCUCGUUGCCAUAACACACCGGGAUCUCAUUACUGUACUUGCCAACGGGAUUACGCUUCUACAUCACAAACUCUACGGUUUCAAGUAAAGGAUGGUAUUAAAUGUGAAGAGAGUCCUAAGAAGAACUGCCAUAAUAACGACACGUGUAUCUCAAAGACUGUCAACCAAACAAUUGAAUACAUCAGCAAUAUUACAGACCCCCACAGCCGCCUGGAUGAGAUAAGGAAACAAACGUCUGGGGACCUGUCUCCUGUUGAUGUGAUUUCUUUGGUCGAGGCCCUGUCUCAGUCAGUCUCAUUGCUAAGCAUUGUCAACGACACUGGCACUGACCAGUACAUGGAAUCUCUCACCAAUCUUACCAUCACUGAAUUUAUGCAAACGGUAAACAAUCUUGUGGAAAAUGAUGAACUCCAGGCAUGGGAUAAAAUCAGGGAGGAUUAUCGGGAGAAGACCAUCACCAAACUUCUGCACACUGUGGAGCAGGCAACACUGACCAUUUCUAAAAAUUAUAAAAUGACUACUGAGGUAGAGGUAAAAACAAAUGACAUAGACCUGAAAUUAUAUACUUUCGACACUCAACAAACGAAGAGGAAAACUAUUCACGCUACAUUGGGUGGAGAUAGCAUUAAUCUCACACCUAAAAUCAACAAACAAUCCAGCAUAAAUGGGAGUGUCUCCAUAGUUUUCCUCCGGUACAGCAGUAUUGCUACCCUCUUGAAACCAAGUGACUCUCCUGGAGCAACAGAGUACGACCAGUUCGCCAGAGCAGAUGACUUCACUGUGAAUUCUCCAGUUGUAGCAGCUGCUAUAAAUCCACCGCACAUCUACGAGCUUGACCAAAUACAAUUUACCCUGAGACACACUGAGGCUAUAGACCCUAAAAUUGAUGUCACAAAAUGUGCUUUCUGGGAAUACUCUGUGGCUAGGAUGACUGGUCACUGGGCCACAGAGGGUUGUGAACGCCUUUAUGUGAACAGCUCUCACACCACAUGCAGUUGCAAUCAUCUGACACACUUUGCUAUUCUGAUGUCUUCUGGACGGGAAAAUCUGUUAGCCCACAACAACAUCCUUACAAGAAUAACUCAGCUGGGAAUGAUCAUAUCUAUUAUCUGCCUUUCCAUGUGUAUCUUCACCUUCUGGUUCUUCAGUGAGAUACAGAGCACCAGGACCACCAUUCAUAAAAACCUCUGCUGUAGUCUUUUCAUGGCUGAAUUCAUCUUUCUGGUUGGAAUUAAUAUGAGCUCAAACAAACUUUUCUGUUCCAUCGUUGCUGGGCUACUGCAUUAUUUCUUUUUAGCCGCUUUUGCAUGGAUGUGCAUCGAGGGGAUCCAUCUCUAUCUGAUAGUGGUUGGUGUCAUCUACAACAAAGGUUUCCUGCAUCGCAACUUUUACAUUUUUGGAUAUGGGAGCCCAGCAGUGGUAGUUGCAAUCUCAGCAACUCUUGGUUACAAAUACUAUGGUACCAAUAAAGAGUGUUGGUUAAGUACAGAGAACAAUUUUAUAUGGAGUUUCAUUGGGCCUGCUUGUUUAAUCAUCCUGGUUAAUCUCCUGGCUUUUGGGGUGAUCAUUUAUAAGGUGUAUCGUCAUACAGCAGUAAAGAAGCCAGAAAUCAGUCACUAUGAAAAUAUACGGUCUUGCGCACGAGGUGCCCUUGCCCUUCUGUUUGUCCUCGGUGCCACCUGGACCUUUGGGAUCCUUCACAUCCUCAAUGGGACCACUCUCACAGCCUAUCUCUUCACAAUCGCCAAUGCCUUCCAAGGGAUGUUCAUCUUCAUCUUCCUCUGCGUCUUAUCCAGAAAGAUACAAGAGGAGUACUACAGACUGUUCAAAAAUGUGCCAUGUUGCUUUGACUGCCUCAGAUAAACCCAGCAGUACGG